GCCAUCCGGGACGCCAAAACACCCACGCAUAGGCGCAACAUUACAGGGGCGCCGCCGCGAAGCGCAAAUGGGCCCCAGAACCCUGCCAUGUCGUUUAUCGAUAUCCACAUGUCCGAGUCGAUGAUUGACUCGCCGUCGUCCAAGCCAGUCCGCAGUCCGGAUGGCAAGGCGCAAGCAGAGACGACGGCAAAGUCGGACGCGAAUGACAAGGCACGACGGAAAGGCACGGCCAACGGGCUGGGUACGCCGGGCGGUGCAAGUCUGGCAGACGGCCUGGAGACGACCAACCGCAUGUUUGAGAUUCUGUCUGCGCGCUCCGACAUCGACCAUCCCAUCUGCGUGGAAUGCACCGAGAUGCUCAUCGACGGGCUCCAGAAGCGGCUGGCUGUUGCGACGCGAGAGCGCGACGCCUACGUGGACUUUCUGCGGCGCGCAAACACCGACGUCCCCAGCGCCGAGGAGGUCAAGGCAGCCGAGGCAGCGCUCAAAGCUGCCAACAAGGCCGAAAGCACGGCCAUUACGCAGCUCGAGAACCUCGAGGCGGAAAAGGCGGAGCUCGACAACCAGAUUGCCGCCUUGGAGGCGGAAGCGCGGAUACUGGACCAAGAGGAGAAUGAGUUUUGGAAGAGCAGAAACGCCUUCAACACGACGCUGACCGAGUUUCAAAAUGAGCGCGAUGCUCUCGCCACACGCUAUGCGCACGAUGCACAGGUGCUCAACCAGCUGCAGCGGAGAAGCGUUUACAACGACACAUUCAACAUCACGCACGACAACCACUUUGCCACCAUCAACGGGCUGCGCCUCGGCCGCCUGCCAAACCCCUACGUCGACUGGCCCGAAAUCAACGCGGCAUGGGGCCAAACCUGUCUCCUGCUCGCUACCCUGGCAGAGCGUCUAGGCUACAAAUUCGACGGCUACGAGCUCUGCCCCAUGGGCUCUACAUCGACCAUCACGCGCAUAGAGGCAAAAGGCGGGGGUUCCGUCGCCGACUCAUCCAGACAAGUACAACACGCGUCCACGGCGACUACGGCAUCAUCACCACAACUGACAAAGCAACGCCUAGAGCUAUAUUCGUCCGGUGACUUCCCCAUCAAUUUUGGUUUCCUGCACCGCAAGUUUGACGCGGCCAUGGUUGCAUUCCUAGAAUGCCUCCGACAGCUGGGUGAGUUUGUAGAGAACCAGGCGCCGCCGAACGCUGCUGGCAUAGGGGGAGGAGGACCCGGCCCCGGUGGCGGCGGGGUCAAGAUGCCGUACGAAAUACGCAAAGACCGCAUCCACGAUCAAAGCAUCAAGCUUGCUCUCAACAAGGACGAAGGAUGGACAAAGGCGUGCAAGUACACCCUAACGUGUUGCAAGUACUUGCUUGCACACGCAAACAACGUCGAGAGUAACGGCAUGAGGAGACGGUAGUAGUAGGCACGGGCUCGAGUGUACAGACGGGUCCGGUCAGUGCAAAG